AUGCUUUUUUCAAAUCUUCAAAAUGAUCGUAGUCUACCAAUGAGUUUAGAAUUUAUUCGUAUUCGAAGUUACGUGAAUGAUACAUCAACAUUUGAGAAAUCUGACAAAUUGGAAAUAAGUGGUUUGAGUGAUUUAACACAAUUAAAACAGAAACAUUUGCUUAUCAUAGAAGAUAUCAUUGAUACUGGAGCGACGAUGAUCUCAUUGAAAAGAGAACUAGAACAGUAUCAUCCAAAAAGUAUUCGCAUUGUAUCAUUAUUUACGAAAAGACGACCAGAUAAAAAAUGUUUACUUAAACCUGAUUAUGUUGGAUUUGAAGUGCCUGAUCAUUUUAUUGUUGGUUAUGCACUAGAUUAUAAUGAAUAUUUUCGCGAUCUCGAACAUAUCUGUAUUAUGAAAGAAUCAGGGAUUGAAAAAUAUAGAAUAAUUGAAGAAUAG